AGUUGCUGGCACAUUUCGCACUUGCAUUCUUCUUCUGUGUGCCAUUCCAAGAGCUUUCCCCUGGAUUUCACCACAUCGACUGCACCUAAUAACGCUAGGAUUCUUCCAUUAUAUCUCUCAAGUCACCGUCCACCUCAUAAACACCAUCCGUUCCCCACUGUGGCAUAAUAUAUCUCUCCUCCGUCAAAGGGAUAACUUACUCCAUCACUCUCAAUUCACUCAUACAACAACUAUCCACUCGUAUUGAUACCAAACCAAGACCAUAAUAUGUCCUCCACAACACCAGCCACCGAACCAGACCAACUACCACCCCAUCUCGAUCCCCAAACCUACCCCCGCACAACCACCAACCCCACCCUCAACACCCACAUCACCCUAACCUACCACCCCCUCGAUCCCACGAGCGCACUAUCCAAGAUCUCCUCUCCCAACGCCGGCGCAAACGUCCUCUUCCUCGGCACGACACGUAACUCCUUCGAAGACCGCCCCGUCGCACAACUAAGCUACACCGCGUACCCGCCUCUCGCGCUGAAGACGUUAUCCAAGAUCGCGGAGGACGCUGUGGCGAAACAUGAGCUGCUAGGUGUUGUGAUUGGGCAUCGACUCGGAGAUGUGCCGAUUGGAGAAAGCAGUAUCGUGAUUGCAGUUAGUGCGGGGCACCGCGGUGCGGCGUGGAGGGCUGGCGAGGAGGUGCUGGAGCUGUGUAAGGAGAAAGCGGAGAUAUGGAAGAAAGAGGUAUUUGUAGAUGGGCAGGGGGAGUGGAGGGCGAAUAGGGAUCGGGAUGCGGAGGGGAAGUUAGUACAGGGAUGAAAUGGGAUAUUAAGUCGUCUUAUUUUACAAUCACAGAG